AUGGAUUCCGGCGGCGUUCCAGGUCAUCGCGACCUGCUGUCUAAGCUGAGCAGCAGCGGCAGCGACACGACGCCAGCGUUGCCAAAACUUCAGAUGGCGUUCCCCACCAUAAGCAUAGACGACGACGAUAUUGUCUACAUGGCUUCUAGCACCAAACACGGGAUCAUGGAAAACAUGGAGUUCAUGAUUGCUAUCGAUGGGCACCAGUACAGCUCAAACGAACUGAAAGGGAAGCUGCUAAAGCCAACUGAAAAAGAGCCUGUUAAGUUAACUGACAAAAAGGAGGGUAAACAUACCAGGGUGCACGGGGACAAACAGACCGGCAGAACAAGGCUGCCGGUGAACAAGAGAGUAAUGAAGACCUUGGAGCAGCUACGAGCGAUUAACUGGAGCUGCCCGAGGCGACUUGGUGAGCAGAUGAAGGACGCGGACAAUGGCGAUCAAGGAGCUUGUUGA